GCCUCUGGGGUGACAGUGACCGAUGAAGUUAUUAUCGUCUUCAACGAGAUGAAGGUGCGUAAGGCCCAGGCGAACGAGGAUGAGAAGAAGAAGAGGAAGAAGGCGGUGCUGUUCUGCCUGAGCGAGGACAAGAAGCACAUCGUCCUUGAAGCAGGUCGGGAGAUCCUGACUGGCGACGUGGGUACCACCAUCACAGACCCCUACCUGCACUUUGUCAAGAUGCUGCCCGCAGACGACUGCCGCUACGCCCUCUAUGACGCCACCUAUGAGACCAAGGAGACCAAGAAAGAGGACCUUGUCUUCAUCUUUUGGUGCGUGUCAACUGUUAAGCACUGGGUUUAAAAGUCAAUUUAAUUUGAUUACAACUAGUCAGCACUGCCAAUAUAAAGACAGAAUGUUGUGGUCAUCUCUUUUGUUCUCUGUAUCUCAGGGCCCCAGAUGGUGCCCCACUAAAGAGCAAAAUGAUCUACGCCAGCUCAAAGGAUGCCAUUAAGAAGAAAUUCACAGGUGAGCGGAAUGUUUUAGGUUGAAAGAAUCGUAAUACCCGUCCAACCACUGUGAGAAGGUCUAGGGUACUUCAUUCAUUUGUCAUUUUUUCACAUUUGACCACUUUGCUCAAUUCUAGGUAUCAAGCAUGAAUGGCAAGUUAACGGUUUGGAGGACAUCAAAGAUCGGCGAACCUUAGCAGAGAAGCUUGGAGGCUCAACAGUGGUCACCCUUGAAGGUGGGCCUGUAUAAAUCCAGUCUCGGGUAUCAACUGAGGCCUACAGGGAAAAAUAGAAUUUAAAAUCCUGUGGGUAUGGCUGUUCAUUCUAGAAUGAUAAGGAAUUAGGUGAGGGGGUUUAGAGUACUAAUAAGAGGAUGUUGUUGUGGGGAGAAGAAUCAAGC